AUGGGAUUUGUGACCAAAACUGCAAUAACCCUAUUUGUGGCUAUGAUUUUGGAGAUUGUGGGUAUUGCGACUCUGACUGUAAAAUUUAUUAUAGGUUUUCAAGAUGAUCUAAAUUUAAAAUGUGCUGAGCCUUGUAAUACGCAAAAUUGUUAUUAUGGAUUAGGGUCUUGUCAGGAAUGCUCUCCUGGCUGUGAUAGUGAAAUGCUUGGAGACGGUAUUUGUGAUAAAUCUUGUAAUGUUGCCUUAUGUAAUUAUGAUUUUGGAGAUUGCAAUAAUAAUCAAUGCAAUACAGAUUGCGAAGGCUGGAUGAUAGGAGACAAUAAUUGUAAUGAAGAAUGUAAUAAUGAAGCUUGCAAUUGAGAUGGAGGAGACUGUGAUUGCUCUCAAGGCUGCCUUUCUUAUAUGAAAAAUAAUGGAAUCUGUGAAAAAAGUUGUAAUAAUACAGCUUGCGAUUAUGACGGAGGAGAUUGUGGGGAAUGUGCGCCUGGGUGUUUAAAGGACAUGCUUGGGGAUGGGGUUUGUGAUAGCGCUUGCAAUAUGAGUGACUGCCAUUUUGAUAAUUAUGACUGUGGCUGCGCUGAAGGCUGUGGUAUAGAAAGUUAUGGGCAAUGCAAAGAUUCUUGUAUGAAUUCUUAUUGCCUGUAUGAUACUAUUAGUGAGACAAGCCAAUGCCAAAAUCAAAAUCUUGUUUUAUUUUCUUUGCAUUAUGCUUUUAUUUCUAAAAACCUUACUAUAAAUGUCAGCCCAGUAAACUGCACAAACACAACAAAUUGCUUGACUUCUGAACAUAAAUUAAAAAGGCGACACCUGUCAACUUGAAACAGUCCAGACAUUCUGGCUACAGCGAACUGGGACGGACUCCUAGCCAAAAUCAAGUGCAGGCUGUGUAUCCGGGUAGGUUGGCUGCUUUCAUGUGGUUGAAAAUGGAGAUCCCUGGCAACGCCUUUUUGGAUUCGAGAGCCAAUGGACAUUACUCUGCUGAGAAACCGAGAGUUUCAGCCCAGACCAUAGGGGAACAGCCUUUUUCCUGUAGAUAUCGAAGAAAUGCACUUCAGCACCCGAUAGACUCUAAGGAGCUGAUCCAUGGAAUCAAGCUACUCCAACUGCCCGCAGCACGGCCGCAGAAAUCAAUAAGCCACCCACUCAAGACUGAAGGCACAAGGCAAUGAGAAGACAGAAGGUAUCAGAAGGGGAAUCCACCUGGAAAGAACCUCUGGUCUGGAGUCAAGAAGCGUUUGAAUCUUCUGCACAGAAGGUCUUUAGUGACUGCGUCACCAAUAUGGCUAGCGCCUGACUUUAAUAGCCAAACCUAACCUAACCUGCUUGACUUCUGAACUGCUUGAUUCUAAUUCAUGCCAUACGAAUUGUAAAUAUGCUAUCUUCCCCCCUCCAGCGAUCUAAAACAUUUUGUUCACUCAUUGAGGCGAUUAAGUGUUUUUUUAAACAAUUUAUAUUUAAAUUUUAUACUAAUUUUUUUUUGGAAUUAACACUAUCCCAAUUUGAAAUAAUUUAUCUUUAAAAAUGCAAUUAACUAAAAAUUUCAUUAUACUAUAUAUCACUUAUGUAUCAAUUUUUUUCAUAUUAUGCUCUCACGAAAGGUGAAAUAGAGAUUUUUCCAGUGUUUUUGUUCGCUCACUGAGGGGGGAGUAAGUGCAUUAACUCAUGAAAUAUGUGUUCGUCCUACACUUGUGCUGAUACUAAUUGCUUAUCUUGCAAUUCUAAAACCUUAGGAGAUUGCUUUAAAUGUAAUACAAAUACGUAUCAGUUUUAUGGAUAUUGCCUUACUUCGUGCCCAGGAGGACAUGAGCCUAUUAGCUUGCUUGGAAAUUAUCCAGUCUGUUUAAUCCCCAAAGAUUACUCGACAAAAGAAAACCCUGCAGUCUAUUAUGUGACUUCAAAGACAAGCACAGAUGCUUAUGAAGGAAAUGGGACUUUUUCCAAUCCAUUUGCGUCUCUUUCCCUUGCUUUAGCGUCAAUUUAUACGAAAUAUUCAAUUAUUUACCUUUUAAAUGAUGGAGUUCAUUAUUUGACUUGUGUUAAUUCUUCAAAUCCUGUAAGCACAUUAUUAUCUGAUGUUUGCUAUCCUUUAAAUCGCAACUAUAACCUAACAAGUCUCUUGAUUUCCUCUUAUGAUGACUCAGCAAUUCUAUUAAAAACCAAAGCAGGUAGCAAAUUUCAGACUUUUACAGUAACAAAUAUUACAACUUUAACAAUAAAAAAUAUUAUUUUCAAUGGGGAAGAUAUAUUAUCAAGUUGUUCAUCAGUAAACCCUUAUUGCUCCUAUUGUGCUAAUAUUACAUUAAAAUCUGAUGGAUAUUACUACAAUGAUCAAGGAGUCAAAGUAUCUACUUUUCUUUCUUCAUCUGCAUGCAAUACUUAUCAUAACAAAAUUCUAUUUGAUAUGUAUUUUGGCUCAAAAUUAUCAUUAGAAAACGUAAAUUUUACUUCCUGAAGAAUGGAAUUAAAAUCAAUAAUAGCAAGCUAUGGAGGCAAUGUUACAUUUAGUAAUGUCAAUUUUGACAAUAUUCGAUGCUCAUGGGUGCCACAGAUGCAGCCUCCCCCAGGGCAAGCUCAGCAGGAUGGUAAAUAUGCAAUGAUUUAUUUUUUCGAUUGUGGGGAUGAAAAUUAUAACUGUGGAAGCUUUGAGUAUACAAAUGGGACUGUCUCAAGACUUAAUAAUGGCUAUGAGUAUGGGUCAGCCCAAUUUUCAGGUUUUUUAAGUGCUGAUAAAAUUAGGACUGUCAAGCUGAAAAAUGUGACUUUUGUUAACAAUAUUGUGUAUAAUCCUUAUAUUACAUCUACAACUUAUUCUUUAAUAAAGCUUUCCUUAUUUCGGUCUAUUGAAGUAUCUAACUGUGUUUUUGAAAAAAAUGCAGCUAAUUAUGGGCUUAUAUAUUUAUUGCCCACAACUUUAACCUUCAGAAAUGAUGCGAAUUCUAACAGUGAACUUAUUGAUUUACUGCUUUAUCAUGUAUACAUACAUGAUACUAUUUUCGAAAAUAACUAUGGGCAAUAUGCAGGAAUUUUGACAAUUACUUAUAAGAGUCAGCUGCAAAAAAUUUUACUAGAAAAUUUAGUGAUAAAUGGAAAUGGGGUUUUAUCUGGACCUUUGGCACUAAUAAACAACCAGUAUUAUUCCUCAGAUAUACUAACUGAUACAAAGUUCUAUAUAAAUAGCACAAGUGGAAAUUACGUAGAUGCAGUAUUUAAAAAGCGGGAAUUUAUUUUUAAAAAUUCAAUAAUUAUUAAUAAUUACUCAGGAGGCAAUGGGAUUUUUGAUAUAACCCAGCUUGUCAAUAUGCGUAUAUAUAAUUUGACGGUAGAGUCGAAUGGAAGCUUGAAAACUCAAAAUAUCAAUACAAUUCUAUGGAAUUAUUAUGUAGCUGAUAGCGAUAUAUAUAUAAAUAGCAUUGUUUCUAACGCUGCUAGUAUUGACUGUCUUGCCUUAUGGUCAGCUACAUCUUGUUAUAACUAUGAAAUAUCAGAAAGCAGUUUUAGAGAUAAUGUUUGUCAAGAGUCAAGUCCAGCUGUGGUUUAUACACAAGUGGAGAAUGCCAAUAUUACUGGCUGCAAUUUUGAAGGAAAUGUUGGAACUCUUUCUUCAGGAAUCUGCGUAGUAUCUACACUUGCUGGAAAUAUGUGGAUUACUAAUUCAAUAUUUAAUAACAAUACAAACAACCAUUCUCAAGGGGCUGGGGCUAUGGUUUUUUCUGAGAGCUCUAAAAAUAUAACAGUUAUGAACACAAUAAUAUCAAAUAAUACUGCAAAUUAUAGUUCAGGAAUUGGUCUGAAAGGUGCUUCGUUGAUUUUGAAUAAUGUGAGAUUUGAAUCAAAUAAGGCCAUCUCAGGACUCGGAACUCUUUAUUUUUCAGUUUAUACAGAAGCUGACACUCAUAUAUUAGACAUAAAAAAUUCAAUUUUUAAAGAAAAUCAAAGUCUCAACGUAAAAGGAGGGGCGAUUUAUAUAAUAGGGAAUUUGUUAACACAAGAGCUUAUCUCUUUAUCAAUAACAGAUACUGUUUUUAAAGGUAAUUCAGCUCUGAGUGGCUCAGCUAUAUAUAUAGAAAACAGUGUAAUUCUUUCAGAAGAUUCAAUUAUAGACUCUUGCACAUUUACCCAAAAUUCUGCACAAGCUAAAGGCACUAUUGCUAAUUUAUUUCAAUAUGGAAUUCUUAAUAUCUCAAACUCUUUGUUCACUUUUAAUUAUGCAGAACUAGGGUCUGCUUUCUAUUUUGCAACUUCAACAGAGCUAAACUCUGAAAAAUCAAAAAUGAUUAUGACUUUAUGCAAUUUUACAUAUAAUUCUGGAGAAAAUGUUAUAUGCACAGAUGACAUGGCAAUUUAUUCUUAUGUUGAAACAGCUAAAUGUAUUUUUCAAAAAAAUGAAGGGCUUGCAGUGUAUCUUGUUAAUGAUUAUUGGAAAGACACAGAAUCAGUUAUAACAAAUUCAACUAUAGCGGAUGGAACUGUCUAUUUAACGUCUAAUUCUACGGCUUAUUGUGAGCUUACUUCGUUUAUUAAUAAUACUUCAACAAAAUAUGCAGGAGCAAUCAGAGCUGAAGGAAACUCAUAUUUUUAUUGUAAUAAAUGCACUUUUUAUCAAAAUAGUGCGAAAAAUGGAGGAGUCCUUUAUUUUGACCAAAUGUCUUAUUUUACUAUAGAAAACUCAGUGUUCAGCCAUAAUUCCUGCAGUAAAAGAGGCUCAGUGAUCUAUAUUAUAGGUUCUGAUGACUAUUGUAGUUUAUCUUCCCCUUUGUGAGGAAACAAAACAACUUUUUUAAUAUAAAAAUUGUGAUAAAUAUUUUGAUUUAUAGGUAAUAAUUAAUAUCAUGAAGUCUCUAACUAAUUCUGUUGAAUUUAGAUAGCUUGAAUUUUAAAGCAAAACUUGACAACUUAGAUAAUAUUGGGUUUUUUUAAUAAAAUCACUAUAAAACUUUAUAUAUUUAAGAAAAAAUUACCCUUGUGCAUGUGAGAGCAAACUUUUUUGUUCGUUCAUAAGGAUACGGAAUUAAUAAACUCAAAAUUGCAUGACAACUAUGCACAAGCUGAAGGCUUAAUUUAUUCGCUUACAUCAAAUAUCAAAAUUGAUAACUGUGAAAUAUACAAUAAUAAGGCUGAUGGGAUUACUCCAGGAAUUUAUUUAACCCUUUCAAAUGCCACUAUUACAAAUUCCCAAUUUCAAGACCAUCAAGGAGACUAUGGAAGUUUCGUAUAUUUGACUUCAGAUAGUCGAUUAUCAGCAGAAAAUACAGAAUUUAUCAAUGGAAAAUCUUCAUCAUCAGGCGGAUCAAUAUUUCUUCUGUCUAGCUUUACAAAUCUGACUGGCUGCUCCUUUCUAAACUCAACUGCUAGUUUUGGCAAUGCACUAUUAGCAUUUUCCUCAGUUUUAGAUGUGUCUGGAUGCAAAUUUUUGAAUACUUACAGCUCAGGCGCAGAUUCUGUAAUAAAUUUAUACGGAGGAAAUGCGUAUAUUGAAAAUUCAUUUUUUGAAAAUUUUACUUACUCAGCUAUUAAUGGACUAAAAGUAGUUUCUUUAGAAGUAAUAGGCACAAGCUUUAAAAAUAGCCAAGGAAAUAUAGGAGGAGCUAUUUCUUGCUCAAGCACUGAUUAUGUUUAUACCUAAUUUUUUGAAUAAAUUUUAUCAUUUAUUUUUUUUCUAAAAAUAUUUAUUAAAAUUAAUAGAUAUAUAUCAAUUCCUGCAAUUUCAAUAAUAACACAUCUAUUUAUGGAGGAGCUCUGUAUUUUACAUUUACAGAUAAUACCAUUAGCAGCCAAACUUAUAAAAUAAUUUCGACUGAGUUUGCAAAUAAUACAUCAUCUGCUGGAGGAGCAAUUUAUCUGGAUAAUAUAAAUGCUGAUAUAAAAUUGUGCAAUUUUUAUCAAAAUCAAGCCAUAGCGACUUCUCAAACAUCUGAAAAAAGCUAUGAGUCAGGAAUAGGAGGGGCUAUGAAACUAGGAUGCAGCUAUUCUGGAGAAUGCAGUUUUAGCGUGGCUGAUAAUAAUUUUGUGAAAAACCAAGCAGAGUAUGAAGGAGGGGCUAUAGUUUGAAGAGAAGUCAUGCCAAUUUUCAAAAACAAUACAUUUACAAGUAAUGAAGCAGAAUAUGGCGAAAAUAUAGCUUCUUAUCCUGUAACCAUGAAAAUAAUCAAUAAUAAUUGAAACGGUGAACUAAAAGAUUUAGCCUCAGGACAGACAACAACUAUAUCCUUAUCCUUAUUUUUGACGGGUUUUGCUGAAGCCACCCAGCGUCAUAUGUAGAGUUGGCUUCGCAAGCAAACGUUGGUUUGGCAAGUCGACAUAUGGCAUUGAAAACCGUCAGCAGAGUCCAAUCCAAAGCAGGAAUCAGGCUAUACCCCUUUAAUUGUAGCUCUCAUCGAUCACUUAAUUCCCCUUUAAUAGAAAAAUCUACAUCACUAAAUUUUUUUAAAAAUAAAAAUUUAUUCAAUUUUUAUUUUUAACUAAUUAUAAAAAUUAAUCACUUAUGCUGGGAAAUUAGGCUCAGUUGUUUCCACAGAUGACUCUAGCGUUGGAGAAAUAAUAGCUUUAUCAAAAGAUGUAGUUUUAUCAGGUGAGCUUAAAGUCGCAGCAGUAAGUGGAAUUUUCAAUUUUUCUUCAUUUGCAAUUUCAGCAAAGCCUGGCAGCAAUUUUUCAAUAGAAGUCCAAACAAAUGGUAUUGAUGCUUUAAAAAGUGCAAAAGCUGGAGACGGACUGACUUAUAAGGACCCCCCCCUCAUUUGUCGAAUUUUCUAGUCUUUUUUCUAUAAGAAUUUUUUUUUCUUCAGGACCUCAUUUGUCCCAAAAUCUUGUCAAAAAUGAUUUGUCCAAUUUUCUAGUCUUUUUUGGAUUUUUUCGAAUGCCCUAAAUUCUAGUUUUUUACUUUAAAAAAACUAGAAAAUGAGACAAUUGAGGUCCUGAAAAUUUUUUUUUUUCUCUAUCAAAAUUUUGACUAGAAAAUUGGACAAAUGAGGUCCUAAAAAAUUUUUUUUUUCCUAUAAAAAAAACUAGAAAAAUGGACAAAUGAUAAAAGACUAGAAAAUCGGACAAAUGAGGGGGGGGGGUCCUUAACUCAAGUAUAUUUUUAGAUGUCACUUUAAGAAAUUGUGUGCUAGGAGAAGCUACAGUUGGUAAUAACUGUGUGGUUUGUCCUAAAGAUUUUUACAGUUUAAACCCAGAUAAUGAUCAGUGCCUUUCUUGCCCUGAUCAGGCUAUUUGCUAUGGAAAUUAUACGAUGGUUCCUAAGCCAGGAUAUUGAAGAUUUAAUAUGCUACCUCUCCAUCUGUGGUGAGCAAAACCAUUAGACAAAUUCUGUUGUCUAAAUUAUCUAAAUACCAAAAUAUUAGAUAUAUAAUUAUCUUAUAAUUUUAUUAGAUUUUAAAAAUAAAAAUUUGGUGGCUUUCAAAACAAUUUUGCUUAAUUAUUGAAGGAUAGUAAGCAAAAGAUUUUGGUCUUGUCCUAACUCAGAAGCCUGCAUUGGCUCUGAUUCGCAAAAUAUUUCUUAUACAGGAAAUUGCUUAAAAGGAUAUACUGGAAAUUUAUGUCAAAGUUGCGCUUCAGGAUAUUCACGCCAAUCAAAAAAUCAGUGCUCAAAAUGUCAAAGCCUUACUGUAAUUAUUAUAAAAACAUCUGGAAUCAGCUUUGGAUUUCUUGUUCUAUGCUGGUUCAUAAUAAGAACUUCACGAAUUUCUGCAUAUAAACCAAGAUCAUUAUCAAGCAUUUAUAUCAAAAUUCUUAUCAAUUACGCCCAGUUAAUAUCAUUAACAACCACUUUUAGCCUUUCCUGGCCAAACUAUGUAAAAAAAUUAUUUUCUAUCCAAAGCAAUGCAAAUUUCAUUAGUGACCAGAUUUUUUCAUUUGACUGCCUCUUAUAUUAUAAUAAACUUUUACAAGGAGAAAGCAAAAUUUAUUAUCAAAAAUUGCUAAUUAUGGCCAUUUUGCCUAUUUCUAUCCCUCUUAUUUCUGUUAUUUAUUGGCUUUCCAUAUCAUUAGCUCAAAAGUCUUUUGCGUUUUUCCGAGAUAAUAUAAUCACAACUUCAAUUAUUGCGUCAUUUUUAGUCCAUCCAGGCUUAAUCAAGUAUUAUUUUAGUUCUUUUGACUGCACAGAGCUUGAUGACAAUAAGUAUUGACUGGUAAAUGAAUUAAAUUUACGAUGUUGGGAUAGCCAGCAUAUUUUUUAUAUAACAGCUAUAUCUCUGCCUGCAAUUCUUGUAUGGGGAAUUGGAAUACCAACUGCUUUCUUAUUUUUGCUAAUAAAAAAUAGAAGUCAAUUGGGCAAUAUUAAUAUGAGGAUUAAAUAUGGAUUUCUGUUUAAUGGAUACAGGCAAGAAAGCUAUUAUUGGGAAUUUGUGAUUAUUUACAGAAAAAUUGGAAUUAUUUGUUGUUCUGUAUUUUUAGCAACAGUUUCAGUCAAUAUCCAAGCCCUUACUGUGAUUUUUUUGUUGUUAGCUUGCUUGUAUUUUCAUUGCAAAAUAAAGCCUUAUAAUGGAGAUGAUCUGAAUAGGCUUGAAGCAAUAUCUAUUUCGGCUUCAGCAGUUACGAUUUAUUGUGGGAUGUAUUAUUUAACUGGAUCUCUUGACCAAAUCACAGAGCUCCUGUUUUUCAUUAUCAUAAUUUCCGCAAAUUUAUAUUUUGUGCUGUACUGGGGAUAUAAAGCGGGAAAUGCCUAUAUUCAUAUUAUAAUUGCUAAAAUAUCAUUUUUAAAGAAAAGAUAUCGGGUUAAAGACUAUAGUAGAGUAAAUGAUUUAAGCUUAAGAGAAGAAAAAGGAAAGAAAACAAUUGAAGGAAAUGACCCAGAAAAUUCCCCAAAUACCAUAGAUUUCAGAGAAAUUGCAAUGAUGGAUUUAUUUUUAGGAAAAUUAAGGGGAGGCUACACCAGCAGAGAUGUAAUAAAUCAAGAAAAGUUUGAUAUAGAGGAAGAGCAGAAGGAUGACGAUAAAAUUAGCAUGGAUCAAAUAAUUAUUUUAUCAGAUAAAAUAGUUUCAAAAAGCGCACCAUGCGAAUGAACUGAGUUUGCCCAAGACUUAUAA